AUGAAGCAUCAAACUACAACAGGAACUGAGAGAAUUGAUGACAUUCCUCCAUUUUUUGAUGAGCUCCACUCCAUUCUAGGAUGCAAACAUAAGGUAACCCCACUGAAUCUAGAGGAUUCAAUGGAUGAAACAUCAGAAAGUGUGAAAAAUGAAAUAGAACAGCAACAACCAGAUCAUACAAAUUCAGAGGAAACUCAAUUGGGUCCCUCAACAACAACACCAGUUAGCCGAUUUAAAAAAACUCGAAAGGUAACACCUUCUCGGCAUGAUGACUUGAUAAGAGAAAUGGAAAAGGAUAGAAAAAUAAGAAGUGAAGAAUUUAGUUUUUUGAAAGAACAUUUGAAGAAAACAGAACAACAAAAGGACAGGUUCUUAGAAAUUGUUGAGGCAGCUUUUGGGACAAAGAAAAGAAGAAAGAGUGAUACAAACGAUUCUGACACUGACUAGGAUUAUCAUCGAUUAAUAUUUAUUUCUUUUUGUUUUUAUUUGAGAUUUUUAAAUUGUGUAAUAAAUAGUUUCUUGUUCUAAUAUUUUAGUUUUAUUCAAGGAAGAAGUUUAUUUCAAGGUAGAAGUCAAUCCAUCCAUAAAAAAGGUAAUAUACCUUUUGUGAUAACUAACAAACCCUGUGUAUAGAAUAAUAAUUAAGUUAAAGUGAAAGUAGAGAUAAGUAAAUUAAAAUGCAAACCAAUAAUUGUGUUUUUUAUUCAAUUUGAAUUGAAAUAUGGUACAAUAAUAUUAUUCUAUGUUAUAUCUGCA